AUGGCUUCCUACGCCCUAGCUACUUCGUACGCCGGGGAGUCCCUCCUCUCGGGAUUCAACUGGUUCGACGGAGCCGAUCCCUCUCACGGAUAUGUUUCCUACCAGAGCCGUCGGAAUGCCGAAGCUCUGGGUCUCUAUUCUGUCGACGAAAAAACGGGAGUCGUGAGACUAGGCGUCGACAGCACGAAUAUGUACUCCCUGACCGCUGGACGACCGAGUAUCCGGCUUGAAAGCAAGGAGGCGUUUAAUCAUGGCCUCUUUAUUGCCGACUUUUUACACAUGCCUCCCUCGCAAUGCGGUCUCUGGCCAGCAUUCUGGUCGUACGGUCCCAAUUGGCCUGCAGGCGGCGAGGUCGACAUUAUCGAAGGCGCAAACGACCAGCGCAGCAACCUCCUGUCCGCUCACACAGUAGCCGGCUGUACCAUAAGCAAGAGCCUCAUGGGCGAAUUCUCAGGCGUCCAGCGCGAUACUGACUGCAACGUCGGAAGUAACAAUGUCGGGUGUGGAUAUUCCUCGCCGGCGGGCGACACCUCUGCGUACGGGGACGGUUUCAACGCCGCCAACGGGGGCGUAUACGCCAUGGAGUGGGAUGAUGAGUUAAUCAAGAUAUGGCACUUUGCGAGAAGCAAAAUCCCCAAGGAUAUCACUAACAAGACGCCUGAUACGGCGGGCUGGGGUUUGCCGGAUGCGAUUUUCGGUGGCCGCGGUUGUGACGUCGACAACUUCUUCAAGGACAUGAGUCUGGUUAUAAAUAUUAACUUUUGCGGUGAUUGGGGUAACGCGAUUUGGGGGAAAUCCGACGGCUGCGCGAAGUAUGCGGCGACGUGCAGCGAAUACGUUGCCAAUAACCCGGAGGCUUUCGCGAACGCGUACUGGGAUGUCAGGUAUAUUGAGGCCUACCAGAAGAUCGAUGUGCUGAAUUCCUCGAGUUCUCCUAGCUCGUCUGCCACGGAGCCCCUGACCCGGGUGAAGAGCACGACAACCAUUACCACCACUAUCACGAUUAGACGCCAACAUGGCACCACUCGCACUGCCGUAGAGGGCCGGAACACGACCUCCGUUUUGAGCGUGGAUGCCGCUUCGUCUUAUCAGUCUGUUCCUGAGGUGGUUGCGGCAAAGACAACACCCGUUUACAGAGUGAAUGCGACUUCGCCAUAUGAGUCUACGCCUAAGAAGGCUGCCGCUGGCACAACGUCCAUUCACAGAGUGAAUACGACUUCAUCGUAUGAGCCUAGUCGUGGAAACGCUGCCGCCGGCACAAUGCCUAUUUACAGAUUGAAUACGACCUCGUCCUAUGAGCCUACUCCUGAGGAGGCUACUGCCGGGACCACAACACCGGUCUACAGAGUGAAUGCGACUUCAUCCUACAUCUCUACUACUCAAAAGGCAACCACCAGCAUAACACCAGUCUACAGACUUAAUACGACGUCAUCGUUGAGAUCGUCUCACAGCAGCCGUUCUGCGAAUACAACGGACGCCCAACUAUACGCAACGUCCUCGUUGAGAUCUACUCGACGUAGCAUUCCUACGAAUACAACCACUGUUCCCCGACACGCAAUCUCUUCACUCAUGUCUGUCCCCAGCGGCACCUUCACAAAUACAAACCUGGUCCCCAGACCCCACGCUGCGUCCUCGCCCAUCUCUAUACCCAGCGAGGUCCCAGCGCCCCCGAACCCCGUACAGCUGGGCGACUUCGCAUACCUAGGCUGCUACGGCUCGAGCGACGACUUCAAAACCUUUCGCAAAGUCAAAGACAGCAGAGACAUGACUGUCGAUCUAUGCGUACAGCUCUGUCGCGGCUCAAUGUUCUCAGGCGUAUACGACACGCAAUGCUUCUGCGCAGAUUCAAUCGACGCCAAUACCCGCCCGGCAAACACCAAGAACGGUGAUAUCUGUGAUCACCCUUGCCCGGGCAACCAUGUCCAAUACUGCGGUGGACUGGCAAAGAGCCCUGGCAAACUCGCCAAUACCACUUCUACCCCUGCAAACGACCGCUUCGAGAACAUUGCUUCGUCAACUGGCGUCGCGGCGAGCAGGUCGACUGCCACGGGCCAGCGAUUCAGAAACUCGACGACUGGGGGGGUUGGCAAGAAUUCCACCCUGGCGACGAGGUUCCAUGUGCCUUUCAAGAGAAGCCCCGUUUCACGCAUGGAAAGGGCUAUUCUUCUUAGCGUCUAUGGACUCGUAAAGGACGAAACGUCGCCUCCGCCUUCACCGCCCAUGGCCGGAAACAAUAUCACGCGUACAUUUACUGCGUAUUCUACAACUAUGCGAGUCAAGACAAUAACUGUUAUUCCGGUGCAGGCGACGGCUGCCGCGUCCAAGGCAGAUAUGGUUGCGGACAAGAGCCCUAGCGAACCCUCCGUGGCUGACAAGACGUCGACCGUUGUUUCUACACAGGGUACCUCUGUCCCAUCGAAGGACAAGCCUGCCGGGGACAAGGAUCCUGGAAAGCCUAUUCCCACGGGGGAGAAUUCUGACCCGGAGAAGGAUGGGUUCGUCGCUGACAGACGCCCUGGUGAUUCUCAUGCGGGUGACAAGACUGUUGAUCGCGUUCUCGAGACUGCUGCCCCUUCCAAUGUCGAGUUCGUUACGGACAAGCGUCCUGAUGGUUCUCCUGUCGGUGGCAAGACCGUUACAAAGACGGUCGACCGGAUGAAUGUGGUGGUUGAGGACUGCGAGUGUACCGAAGGAGAGGCUCACCCGACUUGUUCUACCCCUCCUUCUCCGCCAUCAGCAGAGCAAUCCAAACCUCCUCAUCUUGCGCCAUCAGACGUUGAGGCUCCUGUGCCUGUAGAGGGCUCCGAAUACAGUCAAGCUGCACCGCCGGCCCAGGCUACCAACCCUCGCCAGCCAGUGCCGUCAGACAUCGAGGUUCCUGUUCCCGUCGAGGGCUUGAAGCACAGUCAACCCGCUUCAGCACCAGCCCGGGUUACCAACAACCCUCAUCAGCCAGUGCCGUCAGACAUCGAGGUUCCUGUGCCUGCCAAGGACCCGAAGCAUACUCAACCCGCUCCAGCACCAGCCCGGGUUACCAACAACCCUCAUCAGUCUGCGCCAUCAGACAUCGAGGUUCCUGUGCCUGCUAAGGACCCAAAGCAUACUCAACCGGCACCACCAUCAGCCCAAGACACCAAGGUUGAUGGCCCCGAGUCUUCAGGUAACGAUUCGCCCGCACCAGUUGGGACCCCAGGAGAGAUUCAGCACGCUCCCCCUUCACCUGCGGCGCCACCUCCAGCACGAAUCACUCAUCCUUACGGGGUCCAGCCUUCGGGAUUUGAGACUCUUCCCCCGGUUGGCGCCUCGCAGGAAGCCAAGACUCCCCAGCCAUCAGUGGUUACUGCCGGCACUGGCAAGACAUGGAGUCGGAAGCCAGGCAUUGCGUUGGGAUUGGUAAUCUUGGUCGUUGCUAUGCUGUUGUGA